AUGUCUUCUGACAAAGACCGGGAUUCGUCUUCCUCUGGUCCCGAAAUAGCGACUCCGACAACCUCGGGUCCCCCAUCCCCCCAACUGUCUGCAUCGCAACAGUAUCCCACUUCACCUCCUUCCGGUGAAAGCCACCACCAUAUCCUCAUCCUUAUCUCCUUGAUUUACCCGGCUACCAUCGUUCUAGGGUCUCUCUUCUCCAUAAUAUCGCCUAUUGGACAGUCGGCGUCAUACUUUUCCAGGAAAAACAAUAUUUUUAAUGUACUAUUUGUUAAAAUAGGCUGGUUUUGGACCACCGUCGCAUUCCUCGUUCACAUCACUAAUCUUCGCCACCCAAAUGGUACGCAUGCGCGCUCGAAGGCUUUAAUACGGUGGGGCCUUGCGACACUUGCUUGGAUUCUCGUUACCCAAUGGUUCUUCGGACCUCCUUUGAUGGAUCGGACUUUCACCGUUACAGGCGGCUCGUGCCGUCCCAACUAUGACACGCAACCGUUUACACUGGCUUCCAAAUCCGAGCAAGCAUUUACGUCAGCAGCGUGUAAAGGUGCAGGGGGCAAGUGGGAUGGCGGUCAUGAUCUAUCAGGACAUGCAUUCAUGCUCACCCAUGCUAGCUUAUUUCUAUGGGCAGAAGCUUUGCCGCGGUUAGUGGAUAGCAUGUGGAGGGGUACCGUUGGCCCCAGGAACUUAACGCCAUUGAUGGCUGAGUGGUUUGGCGUGCAUUGGUUUGUUUGGGGUAUACUAGGGCUUUGGUGGUGGAUGCUGUUGAUGACUAGUGUUUACUUUCACACAUGGUCUGAGAAGGUUUCUGGCUGGUUCGUUGCACUAUUUGAAUGGGGUAUCUUAUAUGCAUAUAUGAUUCCGUUGAAUCCACAGGCUAGACGGUUAUUUGGAACGCCAACAGUGUGA